AUGAGCUGGACAUUUAUGGCAGGCUCAAAACGCUUCAGGGACGUGGGCGGCGUGUCUCUCUAUCACAGGUCGGCGUUGGUCGAGACGUCAGAGAGUCAAAUAAAGGUCAUGCUACUCGCGGCAUAUCGCCCCAUGCUCAACCUGAAUAUCGUACAUGAGGACUGGAAGCUAGACAACUUUAACCUCGUUGAUGGCAGGAUUGUCUUUCUGGACUUGGAAUUAGCCUCUGAGCUGGAUCACGACCGUGAGUACGCUGCAGAGAUGGGCUAUGCUGCGCUUCUGGAAAAAUGGAACGUAUUCCGAAUGCAGUAUGAGGAGUACGGCGAGGUUGAGUGA